UAAAUCACACAACGCAGCGCAGCCCGAGCUCGAUCCCUGGACUAGCUACGCAUCCUUCCAUUUCUUAAAUUAGCCACCUUAAGCUUCGAGAUACCGCCCCCAAUUUCAGUGUCGGUACGGAGCCGCCGGGCCGGGACAGAGACGGAGAGAGAGCCCUCGGCCAUGGAAGCGCUCGGACCCGGCCCGCCUGCUCCUACCUCCCUUUUUCAUCCUCCACGCCGGCCUGGCUUUGGCUCGGUGGGGAAGCCGAUUCGCCUGCUGGCCAAUCACUUCCAGGUGCAAAUCCCCAAAAUCGAUGUCUAUCACUAUGACAUUGAAAUCAAGCCAGAGAAACGACCUCGAAGGGUUAACAGAGAGGUGGUGGACACAAUGGUGAGACACUUCAAGAUGCAGAUCUUUGGGGAUCGGCAACCUGGAUACGAUGGCAAGAGGAAUAUGUACACAGCUCAGCCACUGCCCAUUGGGAGAGACAGGGUGGAUCUGGAGGUGACUCUGCCUGGUGAGGGGAAGGACCAGACCUUUAAGGUGUCUCUGCAGUGGGUGUCAGUGGUCAGUCUGCAGAUGCUUCUGGAAGCUCUGUCUGGUCACCUGAAUGAGGUCCCUGAGGACUCCGUCCAGGCCCUGGAUGUUAUUACACGCCAUCUUCCCUCCAUGAGGUACACUCCUGUCGGCCGCUCUUUCUUCUCUCCUCCUGAAGGUUACUACCACCCGUUGGGGGGAGGGAGGGAGGUAUGGUUUGGGUUCCAUCAGUCUGUCCGUCCAGCCAUGUGGAACAUGAUGCUCAACAUCGAUGUUUCAGCCACAGCAUUCUAUCGUGCCCAGCCAGUGAUUGAGUUCAUGUGUGAGGUUUUAGACAUCCAAAACAUCAAUGAGCAGACCAAACCCCUGACAGAUUCUCAACGUGUCAAGUUCACCAAGGAGAUCCGAGGGCUGAAAGUGGAGGUCACACACUGUGGUCAGAUGAAGAGGAAGUACCGUGUGUGCAAUGUCACGCGCCGCCCAGCCAGCCACCAGACAUUUCCCUUGCAGCUAGAAAAUGGACAGGCCAUGGAAUGCACUGUAGCCCAAUAUUUCAAACAGAAAUAUAGUCUGCAGCUCAAAUAUCCCCACCUGCCCUGCCUUCAGGUGGGGCAGGAACAAAAGCACACAUACCUACCCUUGGAGGUUUGUAACAUUGUGGCAGGCCAGCGCUGCAUAAAGAAGCUGACUGACAACCAAACCUCCACCAUGAUCAAAGCCACCGCUCGCUCAGCUCCAGACCGCCAGGAGGAGAUCAGCAGGCUGGUCAAAAGCAACAGCAUGGUAGGCGGGCCUGACCCCUACCUCAAAGAGUUUGGCAUCGUGGUGCACAACGAUAUGACAGAAGUGAUGGGGCGGGUCCUCCCAGCGCCCAUGCUGCAGUAUGGGGGCCGGGUGAGUACAGACACUGGGAGGGACUGUGGCAGGAACAAGACCGUGGCUACGCCCAACCAGGGCGUGUGGGACAUGAGGGGGAAGCAGUUCUAUGCAGGCAUCGAAAUCAAGGUGUGGGCCGUGGCCUGCUUUGCCCCUCAGAAACAGUGCCGUGAGGACUUGCUCAAGAGCUUCACAGACCAGUUGAGGAAGAUUUCUAAGGAUGCAGGAAUGCCAAUCCAGGGUCAGCCCUGCUUCUGCAAGUACGCCCAAGGAGCUGACAGUGUUGAGCCCAUGUUCAAGCACCUUAAAAUGUCUUACGUUGGUCUGCAACUCAUUGUGGUCAUCCUGCCUGGAAAAACACCGGUCUAUGCGGAGGUAAAGCGUGUUGGGGACACUCUGCUGGGCAUGGCUACCCAGUGUGUUCAGGUGAAGAAUGUGGUGAAGACCUCCCCUCAGACGCUCUCCAAUCUCUGCCUCAAGAUUAAUGCGAAGCUGGGUGGCAUCAAUAAUGUCCUGGUGCCCCAUCAGAGGCCCUCUGUAUUCCAGCAGCCAGUGAUCUUUCUUGGUGCUGACGUUACUCACCCACCAGCAGGAGAUGGGAAGAAGCCAUCCAUUGCAGCGGUGGUUGGCAGCAUGGAUGGCCACCCCAGCCGAUACUGUGCCACAGUGCGAGUGCAGACCUCACGCCAGGACCUGUCACAGGAGCAGCUCUACAGUCAGGAAGUCAUACAGGACCUCACCAACAUGGUGCGCGAGCUGCUCAUCCAGUUCUACAAGUCUACCCGCUUCAAACCCACGCGCAUCAUCUACUACCGUGGAGGUGUGUCAGAGGGGCAAAUGAAACAGGUUGCAUGGCCGGAGCUGAUAGCCAUCAGGAAAGCAUGUAUCAGUCUGGAGGAGGACUACAGACCAGGGAUCACCUACAUUGUAGUGCAAAAACGCCACCACACUCGACUCUUCUGCUCUGACAAAGCUGAGAGAGUUGGGAAGAGCGGUAAUGUUCCAGCAGGCACUACAGUGGACAGUACGAUCACCCAUCCAUCGGAGUUUGACUUCUACCUGUGCAGCCAUGCUGGUAUCCAGGGCACCAGUCGUCCUUCACACUACCAUGUGCUUUGGGACGACAACUGCUUCACUGCGGACGAGCUGCAGUUGCUCACCUAUCAACUGUGCCACACAUACGUGCGCUGCACACGCUCAGUUUCCAUCCCUGCGCCGGCUUACUAUGCCCGGCUUGUUGCCUUCCGUGCCCGUUACCACUUAGUGGACAAAGACCAUGACAGUGCGGAGGGCAGUCACGUAUCAGGCCAGAGUAACGGUCGGGACCCUCAGGCCCUGGCUAAGGCCGUCCAGAUUCACUAUGACACCCAGCACACCAUGUACUUCGCCUGACUACUUCAACCAGCAGGAGAUGCACUUCUAUGCUCCCUUUUGAGUCUUCAGUCUAUCUCCUAUCUCUUUCUGUCUUGCUUUCUCUCUCUGUCUAUCGUGUCUUCAUCAACACCAAAGCGGUUCCAAAGCCAACAGGCUGACCACAAGUCCAGUUCUACCGGUCAGCCUCCGAGGAACUGCCCACCAGCAAUCCUGCACUGAGAGACCGUUGGUCUCCAAGGCACAGAGAAAAAAUUGAGCCAUUUUAAAUUUGUUUUUCAGUUUUGAAUGUCUUUUUUUCCUUUUAUUAUUUGUAAUAUACACUGAGUGUGAGCGAACCUGCGCCAUUUCGUCAGGACAGCUCUGGCUCUCUCAGCUAAGCUGGACUCUGUCUACCUUUACCUCAAGCCAAUAUUGGCUGAAACUUGUCACAUUGUCUUUUUGGGUGGGAUGGGGCUUGCAUGAUUUGAGUGGUUGUUUUUUUGUUUUGUUUUUUUGUUAAGGUUUUUUUUUUUUUUUUUUUUCUCUUUCUGUCCUUUUUACAGUUGUAUUUUAACUCUCUCCGCUCAGUCUUUUACAAACGAGGUGACCUGGGUAUCCAUACCCAUUACUCUUCUCCCAUUUUGCAGAGAAGUGUGUAAGUGUGUAAGUGUGUAAGUGUGUAAGUGUGUAAGUGUGUAAGUGUGUAAAAGUUUCAUGGCAGGCCACUGAAUUGUAAAGGGAAAUCAAGGAGUUAACUGCUGUAAAUGCCUCAGUGUUUUUGUUUUUUUUUUUUUUUUUUAACAUUUUUUUUAUUAUUAUUAUGGUUACACACACAUAUAUAGAUAUAUAUAAAAAUAUUUACAUCUAUAUAAGCCUAUUUCAGUAGAUGAUUUUUACAGGCUUGCAUAAGCUGAUGGUUGUGUGUAGCAGUAAUGUUACCUAUGGUCUUAGCUGUGUGAUUGAUGGGGCGUCAGGCCAGGGUAAUUGGAGCUUGGCACAGGUGGCACUCUGCCUGUGGCAAGGUUGGAAACCUGUACGUCCUUGUUUGGAUGGUAAUGUACAAGGUCCGGGGAAGUGGCCUUAGCAUGGUUUUUGGACAUGAUGCUAGCCAAUCAGAGGCUGGCAUUGUGAAAAGAAGGCAAAGCUUGCAAAAUUACAGCACUCUCUCUUACCUUUUAUGCAUUUCUACAUAAGAGUCAAAUCAGAUUUUUAAGAGUUUAAUAUAAAAAAAAAAGUUUUGUGGAUAUCUUAACAGUUAGUAUAGAAAGUCAAUGUUGUUCCUACCGUUGUUAAUGUUGUUGCUAUUAUGAAUAUCAGACCGUCAGCAGCUCAGUUGCAUAAUGAAUUUAUCCAGGAGUCUUUUUGGUGGUGUUGGGUGAAUCUGGUUUCGUAGCUGAACAUGUUGUAGCAUUCUGGCCAUGGUUGAGGGGCCCAAAGUGCUGUGGUUGGUUGGUCUUCCUUUUGGCUCAUUUUGUGAUUUUUAUGUAUUGGAUGUAAUGAGUUAUUGUGGCAAAGAUUUUUGAUUUUGACCUUAUUACUGCCCCCACGUGUCUGAUGGUGACUUGCUGGGGAAAUUGUGUCCACUGGUGGCAAAGAUGGGAUUAGCAAGAGGAAAGAUGAGUGACAAUCAGGGCUGGGGGGGGGAUUAGUGCUGGUUAGAUAGUUGGCAGUUAUUUGAAUUUUACACUUGCUAUGUGUUUUUAUCACUGUUGUGCGUGUGUGUGUUUGAACAUGUGUAUCUAUAUAUAAAGUCUAAAUAGUAUUUUCUUUCAUAACGUAACAAUAAAAACAUUAUACCGUUUUGCUAAGAGACGCAAGCAUAAGCACUGCCUUUGGACCUGACAACACCUGGCUUGGUGCAGUUGAACUACAGUGAGCCUUUUUCCCCAGCUGAAGUGGUUUCGAAGGGUGUCGGCAUGCAUGCCUUGUCAGGCGGGUGGCUCAGCAAAAACCCUUUUGUAAUAAACCGUAAAGCAGCAGGUUUGCUAUAAAUGUGUUUGAGCACUCACCUGUUCAGGGCAUGACUGCUGGUCCUUCAAGAACGGGCUGGGGCCAAGCAUCACUUGCAAUAAGUUGGAUAAAGGUGUUGGGCAAUUUCACAAGUUUCUACUCAACUUUUUUUUUCUAAUACUGAGCUCACAUCGUACGAGGAUUUAGAUUAAUUAUGUCUCAUGAAGUUCACUAAACCGGUUGUGAAAUGACUAUUUUCAAUUUCAUAUCAUUGCACAGCAAUAUAAUCCAAAUUAUGAACAAGGCAAAGCUAUAAUUCUUCUCAUUAAUGUGGCUGUUGGUCUGAUAGCCUAUUGGCGUUUGUGUUUCUGUACCUUUUUUUUUUUUUUUUUUUUUUUUUU